AUGGCUGAGCAUCUGCGUCAGCAGCAGCAGGAGCAGCCACGGUCAUACCAGGUGGUGAAGGCCGCCACCGCUGCCACGGCUGGUGGUUCCCUCCUGGUUCUCUCCGGCUUGACACUUGCCGGAACUGUGAUAUGUCUCACUCUGGCCACCCCUUUGCUGGUCAUAUUCAGCCCAGUUCUUGUACCGGCGACGAUUACUGUGUUCCUGAUAAUCUCUGGGUUCUUGGCUUCCGGUGGGUUCGGCGUGGCGGCGCUGUCUGUUCUUUCGUGGAUCUACAGGUACGUGACAGGUAGGCAGCCACCAGGGGCGGAGCAGUUGGACCAGGCUCGGAUGAAGUUGGCUAUGAAGGCUCGGGAGAUGAAGGACAAGGCUGAGCAGUUUGGACAGCAGCAUACGGGUCAGCAGGGUUCCUAA